GGAUAAAUUGUUCUUUAAAACAAAUUUUCAGCACCAAUCGCUCGAUGCAUCAAUAGAAUAAGUCCUCUUUUCAAAAUAACUUGGAUAAAUUGUUCUUUAAAACAAAAUUUCAGCACCAAUCGCUCGAUGCAUCAGUAGAAUAACACCACACUUUCCUCCACGCGGAGGGGAGAGAGAGAGAGAGAGAGAGCAAAGAAAUGGAUAUAAGGAGCUGGAGAGAAGCUUCUCGGAUUGUAGCGCCGAGCAACAACUAUUGCUUUUCCACGGUCUUCUCCCCACAAAACCACACUCUCUCGUCUCCAAUUCGGCCCUAUCCAUUUCGUCAAUUCCCGACCACGUCUUGCGUUGUCCAUUCCAAGAAGAGAAACGCACGUUCUGAAGCAGUUUUGAAGCCUUCCAUCGUCGACGAAGUUUUACCUGACGAUGAAGACGACGACCUCCUCUUUGAUGAAUUUGAAGAUGAAGGAUCAGUGGAGGAUAAUAACUUUUUUGAGGAUGAGUAUUCAGUGGAAGAUGCAGAACUCUCCGUUGGGGAUGGCGAGGGAGGAGGUGGAAUCUCUCUUGCUAGGUUAGCAUGGGAUAAAGAAGCAUUGGCAAUAGCAAAAGAGGUUGCCCUAUCAUUUAAUGGCGAAUUGCAAAUAUAUGCCUUUAGGACAUUACCAAAUUCCACCAUUCGAGUACGCAUUGAGAGGCUCACAAACAAGUCCGGUUCCCCAAGUAUGGCUGAUAUUGAAGCUUUUACGAUAGCAUAUAAAAAGCGGUUGGAUGAUGCUGAAUCUAUCCCUGAUGUCGCUCUCGAGGUUUCUUCACCAGGUGUUGAACGGGUUGUCCGGGUUCCCAAAGAGCUUGACAGGUUUAAGGAACGGCCUAUGUAUGUGAGAUACGUCAGCAAGGUUGCUGAAACUGGUUCUUCGAUUGAAAGUGAUGGUGUUUUUAGGCUUGUGUCUUUGGAUAUGGAAACAAACUGUUGCACUUGGGGUUUAGCAGAUGUUAAGGUUAAUAAAGGAAAAGCAGGGAAAGGAAGACCACUAAGCAAAAAGCAACAAGAGUGGCGGGUAAACACACCCUUUGAUUCCUUACGUUUAGUCAGGUUUCAUCCAAAAGAUUUUUGAAGGAUGGUGUCUUAUGUUGUGUAAUUUUUCUAUAUUGCAUCUCUGGGAGCGAUAUUAUGUUGUUAUGGAGGAAGAGAAAAGCAGUGAAGAAGGAUUGAAAUAUAAUGGUCUCCGAACUGCCGAAACAGUUGUGUCUCAACGAUUUCUGAUUUAUGAAUAUCCUCUUAAUUA